AUCCCUUGCCUCCCUCGGACUCCACACCGCCCGCUCGCUGGCUCACCCACACGCAUCACAGAUCGGAGAUCGCACGCACGCACGCCCGCAGUUGGUGCGUCCUCCUCCUCGCGCUCCCCUUCCCCUUCCCCUUCACUUCAAAGACACCGGCCACUCGGAGCGAACCCGGACAGGAAUCCGGAGAGGGAAGCAAGGUGGAGGGAGACUUGCGCCUCACAAAAGUGAGAGCGAGAGCAGCGGGAGGUGGAGGUGGAGUGGAAGCAGGGACCAUUAGAUUCUUGAUGCUCGGCUUGAAGUUUCUGUAGUGUGAUCAUGCUUUCCCCCAGAGUAAAGCGGCCCUGAGCAGCAUUAGGUGACCCGGGCUUGGUGUUGCGGAGAGGGGAAGAGAGAGCGGGAGAGAGGGAGGGAGAUGACGAGGGGGUCGGGAGGAGGGGACGAGCUGCUGUUCAGGGGCACCAUCUCCCGGAAAUGGACCUCUCUGCUCUGCCUCAGCAGCUUCUUCGUCGGCCUCAUCUUCACCAACAGGAUGUGGACCGUCCCGGAAUCCAAAGAAAUCAUCAGGAGGUCGGCCCUCGAAUUGGACAAAAUGAAUCUCGUCUCUUCUAGUGAUUGUGCGCUCAAAAGCAUCAAUAACGAGCCAAAAGACUAUGUUGGGCAAGUCCAAAGAAUUGAAGAUGCUAUACAGACGCUGGACAAGACAAUAUCAAACUUGGAAAUGGAGCUAGCCUCGGCCAAGGCGACGCAGGACUCUAUCCUCAACGGCGGCGUACCGUCGUCGGAACCGGCGGCAAAACGGAAGUACUUCAUGGUCAUCGGCAUCAACACCGCGUUCAGCAGCCGGAAGCGGCGAGAUUCAGUUCGCGCCACAUGGAUGCCUCAAGGGGAGAAAAGAAGGAAGAUGGAAGAGGAGAAGGGCAUCAUCAUCCGUUUCGUCAUAGGUCAUAGUGCAACAUCUGGCGGGAUACUGGACAGAGCAAUUGACGCGGAAGACAGAGAGCAUGGCGACUUCCUGAGGCUGGACCACGUUGAAGGGUACCUGGAGCUCGCAGCGAAGACAAAAUCCUACUUCGCCAAAGCCGUCUCCACGUGGGACGCAGAGUACUUCGUCAAGGUGGACGAUGAUGUGCAUGUAAACAUAGCAACUCUUGGAGGCAUAUUGGCCAGGCAUCGUUCCAAGCCCCGAGCCUACAUCGGCUGCAUGAAAUCAGGCCCGGUCCUCGCUCAGGAGGGUGUGAAAUACCAUGAGCCGGAGUACUGGAAAUUCGGCGAGUGGGGAAACAAGUACUUCCGGCACGCGAGCGGUCAGCUGUACGCCAUCUCCAAGGAUCUGGCCUCCUACAUAUCAAUCAACCAGCAUGUUCUCCACAAAUAUGCCAACGAGGAUGUGUCGAUAGGGGCCUGGUUCAUCGGAGUAGAUGCCGAGCACGUCGACGAUCGCCGGCUCUGCUGCGGCACGCAUCCAGACUGUGAACGGAAGGCUCAGGCGGGGAACGUGUGUGCUGCGUCGUUUGACUGGAGCUGCAGCGGCAUCUGCAAGUCGGCGGAUCGGAUCAAGGAGGUCCAUCGGCGCUGCGGCGAGAGUGCGAACACUAUCUGGAACGCAACCUUCUGAACUGAAGAUUCUUCAGACUUUAAGCGCUGCUGAAAGGAGAAAGACACAUAACAUCCGUAUACAAUUCUUGCUUUAACGGAGGGUGGCCGGAUAUUAUAGCGAUCAACUGGUAUAUGUCAAGGUGGUGGAUGAAAGAAAAUUCAUUGGUGGCCCCUUCAGAGCGUGGGAUGCUUGUACACUCAUGUACAAGUACAAGCUCGGCCGACAUGAGGAGCUUUGUUCUUCCUUCUUACGUUAAUUUUUUAAAAUCUUGUAGUGGUUUGAUUGAUUAGGAAUUGUAUCAGUGUACGUAGGGGAGCUUUUCUGUUUUAGUGCUUGAAAAGAUCCCAGCAAGAUUACUUAUAAAUAUGAGGAGAUAGUGGAGAGGGUGAUGUGGUGAUAAAAGAGUGGAAGGAGAGGGAGAUCGGCGGGGUUCUCCCCCCACCAUUCUUGCCAAAUGCUCAUUGGUGGUGAUGUAUGCUAUCAAGUUAUAAUAGCAUAAUAAGAUAUUUUUUGGAUUUCCA